GGGAGCACUAAGGGCAAAGUCCAUCAUAACAUUACAGACCGGAGUUGGAGAGUCAUGUCAAACGUUAGACAGAGGAAAACUGUUAAUUCAGAGGCGAAAGAAAAUAAAGCCAAGGAACAAAAGAAUGGUUCUCCGAAGAUAACUAAAAAGGAAACGGAAAAUAAAGGCUUCUACAGACAUAUUUUAAAAAGAUUCCUGAAGCAGAUCUGUGGACUUUUAUUCUUUCUAUAUGUUAUCAUCCCUGUGUUUGUGAAAACAAAUCCAUGGAUACACUCCAAGAUGGUGUUCCUUAAUAUGGUAAGAUGGCCACCAUUUAUUGACUUGACUAAGCCAUGGGAGUUUGGACUGAGGGGAGCUAGAAACUUUUAUUUAGAUGUAAAUGAGGAUAGUAGAAUAGGUGUUUGGCAGAUUUUGCCCAACUCAUCAGUAGAAGAAGGAGGUGAUUUUGAUAAACUGUUAGGCAAUGGGAAGAAGGUUAUACUCUAUCUUCAUGGAACAACUGGUACAAGGGGAGGAUGGCACAGAGUGCAGCUUUUGAAGUUACUGGCCUCAUUAGAUUUCCAUGUAGUAGCUUUUGACUAUAGAGGGUAUGGUGAUUCCAAAGGACAUCCCACAGAGGACGGUGUUGUGGAGGAUGGAUACUUCAUGUAUAAAUGGAUAAAGGAAAGAAGUAAAGAUUCAACAGUCAUACUCUGGGGGCAUUCUCUUGGCACUGCGAUUACAACAAAACUUGCCAGGUUACUAUGUCUUAAAAAUGAGGAUCCUGAUGGAGUAGUAUUAGAAUCUCCAUUUAACAACAUCAGAGAUGCUGCUAUAAGACAUCCAUUCACUGCUUUGUUCAGAUUUAUGCCAAUGUUUAAAGAAAUAUUUAUAGACACAAUAGCUGAGAAUGGUAUCUACUUCAGUAGUGACGAGAACAUUGCUCAAGUAACAUCCCCUUUGAUGAUGAUCCAUGCUGAAGAUGAUGAAAUUGUUCCUUAUGAGCUUGGAAGAAAGUUAUAUGAAGCUGCUGAGAAGACCAGAACAACAGGCAGUGCCUCUAUAGAGUUUAUAUCAUUUAAUGCAUCUGAAGGUCUUGGACAUAAACAUAUAUUCAAAGCUCUGGAAAUACCAAAUAUUAUCAAGAAUUUUAUGCAUGAGACAUGUCAGAAGUAAUGAUAUUGAUCUUCAGUGAUAUACCCACAGUCUUUCUCAACAGUAGUCCUCAGAAGAUCUUCAUCAAGCAUUUAUGGUUAUCUAUUUAACAUGAUUUCCUUGUUUAAGUCAUCAUGUAAUAUGUUAUUCUUUGGUUAUAUAUCCAAGCAUUUGUGCCAAAAAAGGUGAAUCAAGACAUUAUGGCUACAAUCACAACUACAAAUUUUAUUGUGUUCAAUAUUAUAGGUUUUGAAAAAGUUGGUAUAUUUUGGCAACAUCCUGUUUAGAUUCAACUUCAUCGUUUGUAAAUCUGGUAAAUUUUUUCAAACUUAAAUACACACAUUUUUUGUUCAUUUAUUUAUAGGGAGUGGCAAAUGUUAGCAAUAGGGAGUGGCAAAUGUUAUCAAUAGGGAGUGGCAAAUGUUAGCAAAGCUUUUGUGAAAGAAUGUAAAUUAUAACAACAUAUUUGAAACCAGAAGUAAAGAAAAAUUAUUUUUAUCUCUAUGUAUUAUGCUUUUGAAAAAGUCAUGUUUUCAAGUGUGCCACUAUAUUAGUUGUCUCAUUGUUAUUACAUGUAUGUCAUCAGACCAUUAUAGAUCUAAUGAUUUAUGUUUACAUGUCUGUAGAGCUUGCAUUUUAAGGAAAUUUAUAAAAUUCAUUUUGAUAAUUUUUUAGCACAAGAAUGACAAUCCAUGUAUUAAAAAAGUUUUUUACUAUGUAACAUAGUAGGGUAUUUUUUCAAACUCAUUUAAGUGGUAGUGUAAAAUGUUCAUUAUUACAUAUGCCUUUGUGUUCAACAUACUAAUAAUGCCAAAAAUUUUAAAUCUUAAAUGUACAAAUAUAACAUUAUAUUUUAGUCAGGCUCAAAACUUUUCUUGAAAUAGAUAUAGUUUUUUUUAUUGAAUUAGGUUUCAGAAGCACUGUAAAGGAUAAUGUUUGGUAUUAUAUAUGUGAGCAUAUCAUAUUCAAAUGUGUAUGGUAUGAGGGAUAUAGUGAUGAGUGAUGAUCCUUUUCCUGUUCUCUGUACAUCUUCCAUCUGCCACCAUAAAAAAUCCUCAAAACUUUCAAAGAUUAUACAGUUCUUGAUGGUAUUGUGCACCCUAAUUAUAUUUUUUUGUUAAAAUGAUUUUUAGGGGUUUCCCAAUUAAUGUGGAUGUUAGUAUUUCCUCAUCAUGCAUCUGAAUAGAGAAUAUUUAUUAAUUUAUGAGUUCUGCUAAUACAUGUACAUUUUUCUAAUUUAAUUCUAAACAAGAUUAGUACAACAGUUU